CGGAGCACCAGCAGCAGGCACAGCAGCAGCACCAGCAGGAGCAGUUUGUGCAUGUGUGUGUGUGCGUGCAUGCUUGCGCGCGUGUGCGUGUGUAGCUGAGAAAGAUUUGGGGAGGUUUAGGGGCUCGUUGCCAUGACUCCCUUGAAGCUCCGCCGAAGGAGAUAUUGAUGCCAGUCACGGAGGGACCUUCCUCUUUUCUCCAGGCUUGAGAUUUUUCAUCCUCCUCUCCCUCUCUCUUUCUCUCUCCUCCCUUUUCCCAUCCUCUUCUCUUCCUAGCUCCCGCCCCUUUCGCGGGAAAAAAAAAAAGAAGAAAGAAGCAAAAGUGAUUAAUUUAGCAAGCUGGGACGGGCUCCCGAGCGCUCUUGCCCUCAGCCGAAUUCCGUUGCAAACUCCAACCGCUUCCCUGACACACACAUACACACACACAGUCAGACACAGACACACGCUGGCACCCCUCUCCCGCGCGCGCCCCCCAACCCGGCAACGCUGCGAACAGCUCCCGUCAACACACCCCUCAAGUGGCAAGAUGCAACAUGCACUGUGAGUUAUGAAGCAUUAUUCUGCUUUCAAAUCCAGCUGGUUGCAAAACUCUAUUAUUUCUUGAUUGGACAGAAGGCCGAGACCUGGAACAAAUGAAAACCGAACAUCUACAGUAGACAAAUAUAGAAGAAGUAGAAGAAGAAGAGGAGGAGGAGACAGAACAAAAGGAGAAGGAAAGGUUUAGAGAUAAGAUUUUGCUCUCCGGGACUGUAUUCAGUGUGCAAAACAGGAAGAUUGUGAGGCAUCUUUCAGUCUGUUUGGACUUCAUGUUUACAGAAGAGAGAUGGAGAUGCCAUUAGAAACAAAAAGGACUUCUGUGUGCCUGAUUCUCUUUGUAUUAAAUUUGGCAGCAGCUAUUGAAAUCCCUCUUACUGUGCAACAGCUCCCAACAAUAACAACACAGCCAACAGAUCAGGUUGCUUUUCCUUUUGAUGAUGAAUUUUCAAUCAAGUGUGAAGCUAAAGGAAACCCCCAACCAAUCUUUAACUGGACAAAAGAUGGGAAACCAUUUAGUCUGUUGGGUGAUUCACGGAUAACUACAUUUAAUAAUUCAGGAACAUUUGUAGUUAAAAAUCGUGGCAACAUAGCCUUUUUCCAAGGAAAAUAUCGCUGCUAUGCAUCCAAUGAGUUGGGAACUUCUAUGUCAGAGGAAAUUGAGCUAAUAGUUCCAGGUAUUCCUAAAUUUCCUAAGGAGAAAAUUGAUCCCAUUGAUGUAGAACAUGGUGAUGCAAUGGUUUUGCACUGCAAUCCUCCCAAAGGCAUCCCACCACUGCAUAUUUAUUGGAUGAAUAUUGACUUGCAGCAUAUCCCACAAGAUGAAAGGGUCUCCAUGGGCCUUAAUGGGGAUCUUUACUUUGCAAAUGUGGAUGAAAAUGACAGCCGUAGUGAUUACUGCUGCUUUGCUGCAUUUCCAAAAUUAAGAACUAUUGUACAGAAAAUGCCGAUGACAUUGACAGUUACACGUUUAAAAUAUACUAAUGAUUCCAGUUCAUCUAAUGCGGCUAAGGCAAAUUUAAUCAAAGAAAGAAAACCCAAGCUACUUAUCCCUGAAUCUUCUGGUUCUAGUUCAGAAGUGACAUUUAUGAAAGGAAUGGAUCUUUUUCUGGAAUGCAUUGCUGAAGGACUUCCAACACCCCAUUUAACAUGGAGAAGGAUUGACAGAGGCAGCAUUUUCAGAGGAGUCACUGAGAACUUUGGAAAAGUUUUGAAGAUAGAACAAGUUACUAGAGAUGAUGAAGGAACCUAUGAAUGUGUAGCCUCAAAUGAUUUAGGAGAAACAAAGCAUGAGUUCAAAGUUGGUGUUGAAGAGCCACCCACCUGGGUAAGCAAACCAAAAAGUGGAGUUUUCAGUGUUGGUGGAAGUUUUGUACUGUUUUGUGAAGCUAUUGGCUUUCCUGAGCCAACUAUAAAGUGGAAAAAGAACGGCAUUCCUCUUGAAGAUAACGAAAUAAAAUCCAGCAGAGCUGUUUUUUCAACAAGAGAGAUCAGCAUCACUGACUUGGAGCUGAGUGACACUGCAGUGUACCAGUGUGAGGCUACCAACAAGCAUGGGACUAUCUUGGCCACAGCAAACAUUGAUGUCCUCAAUAUUCCCCCAGAAAUAUUAACUCCAGAUGGUGAAGAAUAUGUGGCAGUGAUGGGUUAUUCAAGUCACUUGUUUUGUCAGUUUUUUGCAAUACCCACACCAGAUAUUUCUUGGACUAAAGAUGACAGCAUGCAACUCCUUGAGGUGGAUCAAAAUGGAACCCUGGAGAUUAGAGAAACACGGAAGGAAGAUGCUGGAUUUUAUACCUGCCUGGUGAAAAAUUCUGUUGGGAAGCGUGCCCUCACUGCUACUCUCACUGUCAGAGACGCUACCAAAAUUUCAAUUAUACCUAAGAAUCCACAAGUUUUGAAAUCACAUUCAGUUUUAUUGAAAUGUCAUUCUGAAUGUGACCCACAUUUGAAACACCAGUUUAAAAUUUCUUGGAAAAAGGAUGGAGAGGAACUGGAGAUGAAUGACACUGAGGAUGGAAGAAUUAUGAUUAAAAAGGAUACAUUGGUUAUACAAAAUGUGGGCCCAGAAGAUGAGGGGGUGUACACAUGUGAAGGAACUUCAUUGCUUGAUAGCGCCACGGAUGAUUCCCGCCUAAUUGUCCUGGAUGUCCCUGACCCACCAGGGGACCUGCAGCUUUCCGAAAAACAGGCAAGAAAUAUUAGAUUAUCUUGGAGCCCUGGAAGCAUUAACAAUAGCCCAAUUAAUGAAUCCAUUGUGGAAUUUGAAGAAAACCGAUGGGAGCCUGGAAAGUGGCAGGAAUUAAUUAGGCUUCCAGGAAACGAUACUAUGGCUGUUUUACCACUGAUCCCUUAUGUAAAUUACCAGUUCCGUGUUAUAUCUGUCAAUGCAGUUGGGAGAAGUAAGCCCAGCGAACCAUCAGAACGAUAUGAGACACCUCCAGCUGCUCCAGACAAGAACCCAGAAAACAUCAGAAUUGAGGCUUCCAAACCACAUGAAAUGAACAUGACAUGGGAGCCACUGAAGCCCAUGGAACAUCAUGGACCUGGUCUGGAAUACAAAGUGAACUGGAAACAGCAGGAUACCAAUGAAUGGGAAGAAGAAACAGUGCAAAAACAUUUCCUAGUAUUGCAGAACACCCCUACUUUUGUGCCUUAUGAUAUCAAAGUCCAGGCAGUGAACAAAUAUGGAUCUGGCCCUGAACCUAAUAUACUAACUGGAUAUUCAAGCGAGGACAUUCCAGAAGCAGCUCCUUCAAACGUAAUUGUGCAAGUCAUGAAUAGCAGUCUGGCGAAAGUCAUCUGGUCCACAAUUCCAAAAGAUCGGGUUCGUGGACAUCUUAGAGGAUAUAAGGUCAACUGGUGGAAAAUCCGAAACCGUCUGGAUGAAAAAAAUCAUCACCCAGAGAAACACUCCUUGACAUUUAAGGCAGACCGAAAUGAUGGAAUGAUUCCUGGUUUAGAGCCUUUUAGCAUCUACCAUUUAACCGUCUUAGCUUUUAAUUCCAAAGGAAAUGGACCUGAAAGCAUUGCGUAUGAAUUCCAAACUCCAGAGGGAGUCCCAGAAAAACCACACUUUCUAAAAAUACUAAAUUUUGAAAAAGACUCUGUAACACUGUCAUGGGGGCCACCAAAGAAACCUAAUGGAUUCAUUACUGGAUACACGUUGCAGUACCAAAUGAUUAAUGAGACUGAUAACAUUGGGCCUUUGCAUGAAAUCAGUAUUACCAAUGCAUCAUCAUUAAGCUUCAGAUUGUCUAAUCUAAGCCUCAGCACAAAGUAUAAAUUCUAUGCAAGGGCCUGUACAGUGCAAGGAUGUGGAAAACCUAUUACAGAGGAAGGAGUAACAGUAAACCAUGACAGUAAAGCUGUCGGGAAGAUUACUGAAGUUAAGCCCACCCCAAAGAGUCAGCCUGUUGAGGCACUUGAUCCUGGAACUGCAAAUACAAUUCGACUAAUGACUAAGAAUUGGGUUGAUAAUAAUAGCAUUUCUGCAGAUGUAAUUGAGACCAGGGGGAGAGCUUACACUGGAAUUUAUGAACGAAUCUCUACACAAGGUUGGUUUAUUGGACUGAUGGGUGCCGUCGCUUUGCUUACCUUACUGUUGCUUACUAUCUGCUUUGUUAAAAGGAACAAAGGAGGAAAAUAUUCAGUAAAAGAAAAAGAGGACCUGCAUCCAGAUCCUGAAGGCCAGUCCAUAAAAGAUGAAAUCUUUGGUGAAUAUAGUGACAGCGAUGAAAAGCCGCUCAAAGGAAGCUUGCGAUCUCUUAACAUGGACAUUAAAGGUGCCGAAAGUGCUGAUAGUUUAGUGGAUUACGGAGAGGGGGACCACAGGAUGUUCAACGAAGACGGCUCGUUUAUUGGUGCUUACGCUGGAUGUAAAGAAAAAGCCUCGGUUGAAAGCAUUGGGAGUUCCACAGCAACCUUUCCUCUCCAUGCAUAAAAUAUUAAGCAUGAAUUAUUCAUUUCAGAUCAUCGUAUUUAUCUUUACUUCUCAUCAAAUAUUAUACAAGGCAGAAAUAGGCUGCAGAAAAGUUAAAGACCUGGACAUGCAGCAGGUACAGAAGCAGGCAGAUGACUUAAAAAGCUGAUUUUUGGAAACUCUUAACUCUUUUUUCAAGACAUGGACAUUUUCAAUUCAUUAAAAAAAAGAAAAAAUGACUCCGAACUAAAGUUUCAUCAUACACAUGUCAUUUAGUCUGACCAAAACCAUACCUUCUUCAGUGUUAUAAAUGUAUUUUGGGAUCUAAUUUCCUCCAGGUCUUUUACAACCCAGUUUUAUAAAUAUCUCUUAACUGGAACAGCAGUCAAAGAGUUGACAUUAAAUGAGUAAACUGCUACAACUCUGUCUUUGAUUUGGGUCUGGCAGGCUGUAGAAAGUUAUAACCAAAUAUUAUGGCAAGAAGGUUAUGCUGGCAUGACUGACACUGUGCUGGCCAAUGGUGCUGGAAAGCUUCAAAAGCCAAGUAGUUCCUUAUGUCUCUACAGUAUCCUUUUUCUUGGUCAGUUCUGUGUUGCACAAGGAUACAAUGCUAAGCCAACGCAUCAUGUCUGCCAAUGGUCAUUUUUUGCUGGUGUGCUUAGUCAGCGAUAAUAGUACAUUAUCUUUCUGUUUGGGAAUAACAGACAGUGUGAUAUAUUCUACUGCAUGUACUACAUUCUGUACUACAUUCUUGUUAUGUUGUAACUAGUAGCAAUGGGCCCUAGGUUAGCGUUUCCACUUUCUUACAUGUUUCUGCUUCUCUGUGUAUGUUUCAAACCUCAUUUCAUAGGAAUCCCAUCUUUUCGGUGUUACAGGGAUCUCUUCCAGGCAAAAACUGGGUAGCAGCAACAAAAACAUUAGCUAGUGAUAAUAGUGCAAAGAGUGCACUCCACGAUAUGUCUUAUUUUGAAAAGAUAUGGAAAAUGUGCCAGUGAUAUGAGAAUUUGUAUUCUGUGCAGAUAGCAAGGCCUUCAAAUGUAGUACAGUUAGAUGAUAUUUUAUAUUUUGCCCACUAGCUGGCACCCUUUCUUUAUGCAAGCAAAUUCAAAACUUUCUUUGGGUUAUAGAAAAUACCUGUAUAUGGCUCUUUAAAAAUCAUGGAGUUUUACUCAAUCCAAAAAAGGAAAAAAAAAAAAAAAUCAGGAAAGAGCUGGCUUUUAAAGGAAAUAGGAUUUUUCACCACUUCAUAUUUGAAUGCCCACAUACCUUUUCCAAAUAUUUGUAUAUAUUAAGUUUAUACUGAUACUUUCAGGGGAAGUCAUGCUAAUUUUUAUUUUGUCAAGGUGUAAUGGCAGCUUGUCAUUACAUUAUGGAACUUGGUGGCAAUUUAAUUCUUCCCAGGAAGUUACAUUUAUGUGGAUACUAUUCAUUUUUCCAAGUGAAGCGUAUUCAGAAACAUUUCUGAAUCUUCAACUAUGAAUAUUGGUGUCUCACUUGUUAAAUCAAAACAAAUGUAAUUAUUGAAAAGGGUUUCUAUCAAUGCUUUUUUGGUCCCUUUGAGUGUAUAAUAGAGUUGCUACCCAAAGUUUAAACUUUUCUGGUGUACAUUAUAGGAAGGAAGACAUAUUCAUUAUAACAAUAUAGAUACUAUUGUAUGCAAAACUAUCUUGGAAUAAUAUGCUUCCCCAUUUUGUUAUGAUAUGUUAUUUGCCUUGUUACUCAGUUCUCUUUCUUAUCUUGGUAGGUUUUCAUAUGCCCAUUUUGUUAAUUUUGAGACAUGCAGGUUAUCUAUUAUUUACAUUAUUCAAUGUUCCUUUUUCCCAACCCCAGAUAACAAGGAUGCAAGCACUGAUCUUCAGCUCAGAUCCAUUCAUUUUGGCUAGGACAUUUUGUCAAACAGCAUGUUAUAUAGAAAGUAACCAUUGUCUGCUCAUCAGAGUCCUAAUUACUUAUUGCAGCAUUUGGACCCAGCACUGUGUAAAAAGAUAAUUUCACAUCUUAGUCCAUACUAAUGGCUGCUAGGCAAGAUACCACUGUUCAAGUGGUUAGGUGCUAAUACAGUCUUUUAUAAGCUGUAUAAACUUGACAUAUAUCAAAGGAACUUGUUUUCUUCCCUUUGGGGCUUUGGUAGUAAUAGGUAUAAGUACUUCUCGGAGACAAAGCAGUCCUAUUAUCACCUUCCAUCUUCCCAAACCCCACUAAAAUUAGCCAUUUAGCUUCCAAAGUUUGAUGGCAUGAUUUCAGUCUUGGGGGGGAUGGGGAGGCAGGAUUUCAAGAAGCCAUGGGCAGGGAACAUUUUUCCUCCUCAAUAUUCAGCUCCAACUCUAUUUGAAAUAUAAUUUUCUUACCUUUUUUUUUUUUAAAAAAAAAAGCUGCUAAAAGAAAGACCAACUCUCCUUUGAGUCAGAGUUGGCACUGGAGACUGACAAACUUGGGCAUCCUUCUUCAGUCUCUUUUCUUCAACUGUUGUUUUUAUACCUUCCUGACAUUUCCAUUCAAAAGGGAUAAAAACGCCAAAGAAAGAUGACCUAGAACAGGAGUCUCCAACCUUGGCAACUUUACGACUUGUGGACUUCAACUCCCAGAAUUCCUCAGCUAGCACAUGCUGAUCUAGAACAUCUCAUUUGAAGAGUACUUCUGAAGGUUUCUUCCUUUGCACUUUUUUGUGUGUGUGCAAAUAAUUGAAUCAGCAGUGUCACAAUUUGCUAGUAGGACAAUCCUCCUUUAAAAUAAGUCCUUGCUUUAUGUGGAGAUUUGUUGACAAAAUUGACCAGAUUUUUAUUCCUUGAAUCACACUAUCUCUCCAUUUCUUUUAUAAAGUCCAGCCUAGGAAAUCAUCAUAUAAUGAGUGUUCCUGAAUGAACUGAGAAUUAAAGAAGGGGAAUGAACAGUUCAAUGUAGGUAGUCAACUAGUCAUCAUGGAGAGAUUUUUGUUCCUGAUAGCUCCAUAGGCAACCAUUUUUUUUAAAAAAAAAAAUCAAUAGAAUUUCUUCUAAAUUGUGAGGAAGACAAAAUAUGACUUUUUGUGCCAAAUCAGAAGUAUUGCAGCUACCUUGCAUUUUCCCCCCUAUUAUGUGAUAAUGGGCUAUUUGUCUAAUUUAGAUGUACAUGAAUAUUAGAUGUUUAAUGUUUCAUAGUCUGAGGAGAUGUUAUUCCAGUGGACUGUGAAAAUCUACUAGUGAAUCUUUAGAUUCAGCAUGAAGGAUUUCUGAAGAAAAGUGUCUUCUUAAGAAACAAUGUUGAUUGAUACACACAGAGAGAGACACAAAAACACACACCAACAUCUACACUAGAACAAAGACCACUGAGGACAUUGUGAUACUCAACACCUGAAAGUAUCUAUGAACCUGUGAAAGAACUGCUUUCUGACAGAUCUACAGCAUUCUCUCUUAUUUAUCACUAAAUUUCUUUUACCUAUAGCAAUUUCUCCUUCAGAAGAUGUAGUAGAGUUGAUAUGACAGCUCCCAACUUUUAAACCGUGCAUUGAAAAAUACAAUCUAGAUUUUAAAGUCUGCAUUGGAUUCUAAAUUAGAUGAUCCUGAGACAUUAAUGGUUUUAUCCCAAAAGGAACAUCAUCUUUGAACUGAUCGCUUCCAACAUAAAAUAUCUGCAUAUUCCUCCAGAAGUAAUUAGUUACAUUGUUGUUUUUGGAGAGAGAGGUGAAAAAAGUUUAUAUUAUAAAUUUAAUUGUUCACACCAGGAUAUGUAUUUUUAUUUCAGCAGAGAUGCUCCAUUUUUCCAUUAAUGCGAAUUUUAGACAGCAAUAUGAUCAUAAAAAUGGGAAUAGUGCCAAAGCUUUUUGUCAAUGUGGAGCAGAAAAAGUCUAAUAAUAUUUGCCACUUUAUAAACUGAGUUGAUAAAUUGUCUAUCAGGAAUUUGAACUCACAUUCUAGUUUCCUCAAGUUCAAAUGAUUUCUUGAGAUACCUCUGAAGAAGGAUCUGUUAAAGAAAAAAAGGUCAAAGUAAAUUCAAUUAUAUCUAGUUUACAGCCAAAAUGAUCAAGUUACGAUUGUUGAUACUAUACACAACCAGGUAUUUCCUGGCAUAGCAGAAAAUAUGACUAGCUGCUGCUGUCUAUCAACAAUCUGCACUGACCUCUGAACUUGUAAUCAAUUAAAGAGAAUCAUUUCAAAGACUGUAGGAAGCAUGUGAAAUAUGUCACCAGAAGAUCUAAUAGAUAAGUUCUAUGUCUACAACUCUGUAAACUUACCAGGGAGGAAAUCCUAUUUCAUGUAAUUUUGAUCGUGUUUCAGUAGACAGAUGGCAGAUAGAAGAAAUUAUUUGAAAGUUACAAUGACAGCUCUGAGAAAUGAUUAGAAGACAGAGAGAAAAAAAAGAGGAGCAAUUUGUCAAGGAGACAAGAGUAUGCUGUCAAUCAUACUAGUGGUAACCUAAAAACUUUGGGUUAGUAUGACUGCAGAUUGCAGGAGAACCUAAGGGUAAAACAGGAACUAAAGCACUAUGGCAAACUAGAGGUGGGAUGAGCCUUCUACUACAUCCCCAAAUGUCAGAGGUGGUCUAGGCCCACCCUGGACACUUCCACUUUCUAUAAAGUUAUAUAACUGCAUGGUGAUGAAAUAGUAGCUAUAUUAAUAGCUCUCAGUGCCUCCUAUCAGUCCCUUGUGACAUUUCUCAUUCAUGGCAUUGAAUCUUCUCAUUCAGCGAUCUGUUCACUAUCUAAAGGAAAGAGCAACCAGCUGCGUGUUCAGUUUCCACUAUUUGCACUGACAUUGAUUUGUUAGUCUAACCUAGACUUUCUCAACCUGGGCAACUUGAAGACGUGUGGACUUCAUGGCUGGAUUGAGAAUUCUGAGAGUUGAAGUUGACACAUCUUCAAGUUGCCAAGGUAUAUUAGGUUGGUCUAACCUAAUACAGAUUUGUGAAUGAAGUUGCCAAAUUUACAUAUAACACCAGAUCAAUCCGAGUCUCAUUUAAGGGACAAAUAAUAUGUGAAUAUUGCUGCAAAUCAUUUCAGUCAAUUCAAUUUUCUUUGCAAGGAACUAGCAGGUGCUCAGAACUUGACCAUCUCCUGUACUCUUCUCCAUCCUAAACCUCAUGGUAUAGGAUUUCUUGUCUGAGCAGGGGAUUGGACUAGAAGACCUCUAAGUCCCUUCCAACUCUGUUAUUCUGGUAUCCUUCUUCAGUUUGUGGCAUGGUGUACCAGAUCACAGCUAUGGUUUUAGGUUGGAAUAAUGUUUAGCUUCCACAUAAUCUGAUAUUCCACAGAUCUGGUAUUUAAACUGCAAUUUUUUUUGUUGCAUUUCUCAUAACACAUUUGAAUAAUAUGCUUCAAAUGUUGUAUACUCUACAUGGAAGGAAAUAUGUUCAUUUAAUUGAGUUUAAACAAUUGGGGAUGAGAUUCUUGAUCCCUUUCAUUAAAUUAGACAAAAAUAAGAUAUAUAAUACAGGGAAAAUCUAUUCUUGUGCUGAUAAAACUUCUAUCGAUUUAGCAGAAGAGCCAGUGUUUGCUAAUCAGAACAUCAAACCCUUCCCUCCUUCCAAAUUAAAUAUUUAAUUUAAAAAUGUCAGUCCUACCAAACUCUACUUAAUAAGUGGGACUUACUCCUUAUUAAGCAUGCAUACCACUGUCCUGUUAAUCUGCCUUUCCAAAUCUUAAAUAGCUUGUUUACAUGUUAGCACCAUUCAUAACCUAUCAAGUAUUCAUCUUUGUAAUCUUACAUAAAUUUCAGCUUUUGCACAGAAUUGGUCAGAGCCAAAGCAUUUUUUAAAAUGUUACUUCAUGGAAGAAGAAGAAAAAAAAACAUGGGACAUGAGUACUAGGUUCUGGCUAUUCCUUUUUGAAAUGAAUGUCCAUGAAAAUUUCUUAAGGCUUAGAAAAAUGUGUUUGUAUGUAGUUUGCUGUUUGUAUCAUGCCUAUGUAUAUGUAUGGUUUUUUAAAAAAUAUUUUCAUUCUACAUGAAUUUCAACUUUGCUAAUAAAAGUUUGACUUGAUGUAAUCUUCACAA